CCUUGCUCCGGAAACCCGAGCCUCAUGCUUGUUAUCUCUUCUUUCCGCCGCGUUAUGGGCUCUCGUCGGUUGCGUGCACUGGUCUGCCUCUGAGCGCUGAGCCUGCACCAUUAUUCUGGUCUUUCUUGGAUUUUUCGCAGGGCCUCUUGGCGUGGGCGUAGAUUCUCCGUGUCUCCAAGCAUUACGUUUUUGAAGACCGAGGGAUUCCCUGGUAUAUGAAUCGUUAGCCUGUUAAAGGUGUUUCUAGUCGCCAGCCUUGGAAUGCUUACUGGCCACUCCACGUCCACGCUCUCUAAGCGCGCUAAUUUAAGAACUCCUUCGCGUGGAUGACGUUUAGCAACUGCCAGAAAAAUACAUUUCUGGAACGCUCAAUUUCCCUGGUGGCGCUGGUCGGCAGAUUUUAUUUAAAAAGACUCGAUCUUUGGCUUGCACGGUCGGUUUACCCUCGCACCACUGUGAACAUGUUCUGUCGUCUGUUGGUCGCUCUCUUCGUCUGGGGUAUGCUCCUCGUAUCGGCCGCGCCUACGGGGACUUUACAGUCCCAGUUUCCACCAGUAGCCGACUUGAGCGCUCAGCCUCUGGUCGAAACGGCUUUGCAAGCCGCAGCAGUGCCUGUAUUUGUCUCCGCCAGCGGAAUGGGUGCGGCAUCAUCGCCCGGUAAUGAUGAGGGUAGCACUGGAUGGCUGAGCCGAAUGUUUGCCUUCAUGAACAAAGAGUCCAAUUCGCAUCGUCGGAGGUUACGACGCUACAGUCCACAUCCUGUGUGUAUUUCCCUGGCGGAACGAUGCCCGACAUGACCUGAUAUGUGUUCCCACAGUGACAGAUUCAUUUUAUGACGUAUUUCGGCUGAUACCCAUAUCUUUAUUUUCUGGAAGGGUGAUGAGAUUGAUGACAUGUAUAUAUUUUGUGAUGAACGUAUGUCAAAGUUGAAGUUUGUGAACGAAGACGAAUAUUUCAUGUGUGUAAACGUCAUUGACUGGCAGUGCCGCAGUGACCCCGCCAGGCGCAUGCUCUUGCUUCUUCUACCUACCACCUCUAUUCAUUUUAACUUGGAUACCUGUAGAGUAUCUCUUCGAAGAUAUCUUCUCUUUUCUUUCGCUGUAUACAAGGGUUACCUUUUUGGGUUUAUUUGAUGAUGUUAUGUAAGCAGAAAAAGUCUGGCAAUGGGCAUGCAAAGGAGCGCUGUUC